AUAAUAAAAGAUAUCUUAUAUGAUUCAACGUAGUACAAUAUUAUGUGUCUGUGAGUACGAACUACGAAGUAUCGGACUAGAUCGUGUUCCAGCAAAAAAAUACUUGCGGUUUUUUUUUUUUUUUUUCCCUGACCUAAUAUCUGUCUGCUGGCUUUUCCAAACGGAUGCUGUUUGCGGCCCCUUUUCUUUGUUGCAAUAGGAUUACAUUCAAUCCUCAUACAUGAACCCGUCCAUAAAUUUCUUUAGUUUCGCUCCCAAUAGACUCCAUUUAUUUUCUUUUUAAAUUUGUUUCUUCUGUCUGCAAAUUUUCAUGACCCAAUAUAUUUACCCAAUAUAUUUACCCAAAAUAUUUAUUGGGAGGGAAAUCGGAUAAUAAAUAGGGCAAUCCUUUUUCCGGUUAAGUCGUUUCUGCCUAUCAAAAUAACAGCAGAUCUAAUCGAAUCCCAAUCACAGUUGGAGCUACCCCCGAACGAAAGUCACAGUGAACCAAGUCGAUUGUCGGCCAUCCUCGGUGAUCGAAUUUGAACGCUAUGGGGAAUUUCAGACCGUCAAAGUGUGCAUAUAAGCGGAAAACACCUGAAGACCAGAUUAGUCUACUUCCAGAUGAAAUCCUUGCUCGUAUCUUAUCAUUUCUAGCGCUCAAAGAAGCUGGUAGAACAAGCGUUUUGUCUAAAAGAUGGGAACAUGCAUGGACAUAUGUUUCUGAGCUCAAUUUUGAUGCAUUGAAUACAAUACGCGAGAUGGCAGCAAGGGGUGAGGGUUACAGGAGGGGACUUGAAAUCGAAAGGUCUAAGUUUGUUAACUGGGUAAACAAGGUGCUAGAUUCCCAUCAAACCUUGGAGUUGAUUUCUUUCCGUAUUUAUAUUGAUAUGAAUGAUUCCUUUCGGGAGGAUUUGGAUAAGUGGCUUCACUAUGCCUUGGAUAGGAGAGUCCAAAGGCUGGAAGUGAACCUGACCCGGCAUGGCUCUGAUGGAUUCUCUGACGAUUAUGCUCUUUCUUCUGAGUUUUUUGUUGCACACGCAAGUUGUUGGAGUUCUCUUAAAGUACUGAUUUUGAAGAGCGUCAAAAUCUCCGGGGCCAAUGUUGAAUACCUCUUGCACAACUGUACAUCUCUUGAAACUUUGGUUGUGCACGGCUCUGACGAUCUGACUAGUUUGGAAGUUCGCGGUCCACCAUCUCUUGCAUUGCAACACUUGGAAAUUCUCCACUGUAGCCUUAAAUCCCUGAUUGUGUGCAAUGCUGCUAAUCUCGCGUUGCUUAAGAUUGAUGACCCGGAUAAAGCAGUGCUAAAGAAUGUUUCGGGGCUCGUCCAUCUUGGAUUUUUCGGUUGUCCUUAUGGUGUUAAGGAUGUUUUUCAGAAGCGGUUUUCAUGCUGCUUUUCAAAACUGAAGGUUCUUUCCUUAUUUUUGGCUCCUCGUAGAGCUCAAGAGUUUGAAGAAAGCCUUCCUCAGCUGCCUUCACUGAAGCAAUUGUCUGUAAUACUUGGUCUAUGGUACGAGGAGAGCAUGCCUGAACUUACUUUCUUCUUUGAGGCAGCUCCAAACCUCGUAAAGUUUGUAAUAAAGUUGGAUUACCCCUUCAAAAAAAUGACUGGGAGCACCAUUGAACAGCAGUCAGAGAAUAGUGUUGUUGUAAAUCGCGGCGCCGUCCAACAUCUUAAAGUAGUUGAGAUACAUGGGUAUCGCGGCCGUAUUGAACUCGGCCUUGCCAAGUACUUUCUCAAAAAAGCAGUUUCUCUCGAGAAAUUUAUUGUUGAUCCGCGUUAUCAAUACACGAUUCGUGAAGGAGAACCUUGGUAUGAAGGGAUAAAUGUACGUGGUCGACAAGAAGCGAUAGCAGAUGAUGGGAGACGGUGUGCUAAGGAUCAACUCUCGGGAUUGAUACCUUCACAUGUAACCUUACAGAUUCUCUAGCCUGGCACAAAUGCAUGCUCUUCUGCUGAUAGAAGGAACCAAUAUUGGAAUUAUGUGAGCUUUGAAUGUUAUUCUAAGUUAUUCAACUUGAGGAGUUAAGGCGUGUAUCAAAUUGGAUUAUGUUGAAUUACUUCAUAUGUAUUAGUUUAUGUAUAACUCCUUUUUUUUAUUUAUUUAUUUAUUAAUGAUUUUUGUAUUGAUUGAGCCUUGAGGCAGUAUACUUUACUUUGGUCUUUAUGCCAAGGAUAUAUAUAUAUUUUUUUAUA